GAAGACUGUCUGUUUCUUAACGUCUUCCUCAAAGAAAUCAAUGUCACCCCUCAAGCACGAAAGAAAGUUCUCGUGUACAUACACGGUGGGGCUUUCUUCUUGGGAUCUUCGAUAUCUUUUAAUCCCGGAAGUAUUGUCACGGACCACGACAUUAUUGUUGUCGUCAUUCAGUAUCGAAUCGGCGCUCUCGGGUUUCUGACGACAAAAAAUCAGGCUGCCCCUGGAAACUACGCUCUCUGGGAUCAAACUCUAGCAUUGAAAUGGGUUAAAAACAACAUUGGUGCUUUCGGCGGAGACGCAAGUGACGUAACGAUUGUAGGAGAAUCAGCAGGAUCUGUAUCCGUGUCACUCCUCACAUUGAGUGCAGAGACAAAGGGACUGUUCACCAGGGCUUAUUCCGCCAGUGGAGUGGCCAUGUCAAUUAUUACCGACUACAGAAACAGUGACAGCAUCAUUAUGUCCCUGGCUAAAUCUCUCAACUGCUGGAACAGAACCGAAGCGUUAAAAUUAGAUGCAAAUACGUCUGUGGAAGUCAUUCGUUGCCUUCGAGCCCGCCCAGCUUCGGACUUCACACGAAUUCAAUUCGCCGAUAUCUCAAGACCUAUCUACAUACCUUGGGCAGAUGGCGUGUUCAUCCCUAGAUCUCCGAGGGAUCUUUUGAAAGACACGAACUAUUUGGAAAGUAUAGGAUUUUACGACAGGAGAUAUCUGUACAGCGUGACCAACAACGAAAAAUCUGUGCUUGCUGGAUUUUUAAAUGCAGCCAGGACCUCUAUCUACAGUAACAAAAGCCUCACGGGGGAGGAAGCAGAAAAAAUUUGGCAAAGAACUCUAUCAACUUCAACAAAAACAUCUGUGUAUGACAUACGGGGAGCAGAUCAGGCAACGGAUAACGUUAUUGGCUCAGCUCUACAGUGGUAUUCAGCCAGGCUUUUCCCACCCUACGACGUCUACGAACUUCAAGCGGAUGUGACCUUUUUUAUCCCCACUUUUGAUUUUCUCAACGCCAUAGCCAAAAGCGGGCGGACGUCCUCCUGGCUCCUGUAUUUCAACCACUAUCCCAAGCAUAUCGUAUCUGAUACCAAAGGAAGUCCACACGGAUUAGACCUGGCGUAUUGGUUUGACGCCGAUGAGGCAACGUUGGAUCGCCGUUCAAUUGAGAAGUUUGAUGAUGAGGAUGUGAAUUUAAAGAAAGUCUUUUCCAGCAUUGUAGCAAAUUUCGUUAAAUUUGGGUGA